AUGAUUCUUUUAUACAGGAUUUAUGAAAGCUAUUUUAAUUUUAAAACUGGCCCUGAAACAUUUUGGUAUUUACCAUAUAUGGUCAAUUUAAUAUCUACUAUCACACGGCUUAGAUGUCGACUACCUACUCGUACAUCUUUCCCUAUCAGGCUCAAUUCCACUUCAACAUCGACAAAUCUCAAUGAUGACAUAUACCAAAUAAAAACAAAGACAAAGCAUUCUAUUCAUCCAACUGCUCCCGCUAGAACAAGAUUUGCACCUUCCCCCACUGGCUAUUUACAUUUAGGUUCUUUACGAACAGCAUUAUACAACUACUUACUAGCAAAGAAUACUGGUGGAUCGUUCAUACUACGAAUUGAAGAUACUGAUCGAUCUCGAUUAAAUAGUGAUGCAGAGAAGAAUAUAUUUGAUACAUUAAAAUGGUGUAACUUGUCAAUUGAUGAGUCUUCAAAUGAUGGAGGUAAAUAUGGACCUUAUAGACAAUCUGAAAGGAAAGAGAUUUAUGCGGAAUAUGCUGACAUUUUGUUGAAGAAAGGUUUAGCUUAUAAAUGUUUCUGUUCAAAAGAAAGAUUGAUUGAAUUGAGAGAGUCCGCCAGAUUAUUGAAACCUCCAACGAAUGUCACUUACGAUAGAAAAUGUUUGAGUACAAAUGAGUCAACCGAGGAUAGACCAUACGUCAUAAGAUUCAAGUCACCACACCAUUAUCCCAAAUUCAAUGAUUUAUUGCAUGGAGAAUUAAACCUACAACCUCAAUACAAUUCAAAAGAUCAAAGAUUCGAUGAUUUCAUUAUUAUCAAGAAUGAUGGAAUGCCCACAUAUCAUUUUGCAAAUAUUAUUGAUGAUCAUUUAAUGAAAAUCACACAUGUUAUAAGAGGUGAGGAGUGGUUACCUUCAACUCCAAAACACAUAGCUUUGUACAAAGCUUUCGAUUGGGAACCUCCUCAAUAUAUUCAUAUACCAUUGUUAACUUCAUUAGAAGAUAAGAAACUAUCGAAAAGGAAAGGAGAUUUCAAUAUUUUGGAAUUACAAAAACAGGAAAUUUUACCACAAGCUUUAAUCAAUUUUGUUGCCUUAUUUGGUUGGGCACCUUCCCGAGAAUUAAAUGAAAAAUUUAGUGAAGUUAUGACGCUCGAAUCGCUUGUGCAAAAUUUUUCAUUAAAUCAUUUAACUAAAGGUAAUGUGAAAGUUAAUCAACUGAAAUUACAUUUUUUUCAAAAGGAACAUUUUCUGAAAAUUGUGCAAACUGGUGGAGAAGAGUUUGAUAAAUUAAUAGAUGAUUACUUGCCUGGAUUUUUGAAAUAUAGCAAUGGGAAAGACAAAUCAUAUCUAAUCAAAAUUACAAAAUUAUUGGCCCCAAAUAUUUCGAAAAUAUCAGACAUCAAGCAACAUGAGUAUUUGUUCAAAGACGUUAAGAAUACUAUCUUGAAACCACCAAGAGAUGUCGUACUUAGCAAAAAAAUCAUUGAUCAGGUACUUGAAAGCGCAAAACUUGCACCAUUGAAUCAAGUCAUUGAGGAAGAAUUAGGUCUGGGAAUUUUCAAAAAGAAGGACAUUUUCAUGACAUUACGAGCCAGUUUAAGUAAUGGUCAAAGUGGGUUACCAAUUCCGAGUAUAAUUGAACUACUAGGAGAUGAAGAGUGUAUAAAUAGACUACAAAGUUAUCGAGAUAAUAUUUUAAAAUAG